AUGGCCAAGGUGCCGCGAUCUCUAGGCGCCCGGGCGGCCGCCGUCGUUGCCGCCUUAGCCUUCUCGGCGCCAAUAAUCUACCAUUGCUUAUCCUCGACGACACUCGCAUUUGACCAUUUCGAGUCAGCAAAACGAGCGAUCCUCGCUGCAAUCCCCGGCAGGGUAUCGCCGUCCGAACAGCCGGCGCCCUUCCAGUGCCGCCCCCACGCCUACACCACCGAGCUGGUCUCGCUCGACCCGCUGGUGAUCUACAUCGACUCGUUCCUGGCGCCGGCCGAGAUCACGGCGCUGCUGGCGGCGGGGGAGGCCGAGUUCGCGCCGUCCGAGGUGGUCAAGCGCGGGCACGAGCAGCGCACGGCGGACCGCACGUCGCAGUCGGCGGGGCUGCCGGCGGACGACGCGGCGGUGCGCUGCGUGCUGGGCCGCGCCGAGGCCUUCAUGGGCACGCUGCUGGACGGGCGCCGCGGCGAGAUCGGGCCCCCGCAGCUGGUGCGCUACACGGCCGGCCAGCGCUUCAACGUCCACCACGACUGGUACGACCGCCCGCAGCCGGCGCGCCGCGACAAGCGCCGCCUCGGCCGCAGCUGGAACCGCGUCGCCAGCUUCUUCGCCGUGCUGCAGGACGGCUGCACGGGCGGCGCGACCCACUUCCCGUACGUCAAGGCCAGGGCUCGCGCACCGGCGGGCAUCAGCGGUGCUCAGAGCAAUGGCACGUGGUACGAGCAUGAGGGCGGCGGCAUCGCGUUCAGGCCGGUCAGGGGCAAUGCGGUGUUCUGGGUCAACUUACACGCCAACGGGACGGGGGACCAGAGGGUCAUGCACGCGGGCCUGCCUCUGGAGGGGGGGCUUAAGACGGCGAUGAACAUCUGGCCGAGGCAGUAUUAUGAGUAG